CACGAGGCGAUGAUGCAACCAUCGGCCUUGCCCUCUUGUUGAAAAACUAACAAAACCGGAGACGGAGACUCGUAGACGAACCAAAUAUUUUCCAGAAAGAGAGAGACGGAGGCGAUCUUCUUAUUGCCUUGCGUUUCUCCUCGCUUCUCUUUUCAACAGAGGCCUUUCUCUUGGGUUUGGAUUUUUUCUUAUCGUUGACUAAUAACACGAUCCACCGAUUCUCUUCGCCAUGUUCAAGUCUUUCUGGGGAUCUCAAGAGCAACAACCUCAGCCACGGCCACAGGAUAUUUCUGGACAGUCUUGGUAUCCUCCGUCAGUAGUUACCUCUCCAGGUUCCUCACGCCCUUCAACACCAAGUAGUAGCACUUCUAGUAGCUUCAGUCUGCAAAGGCCUUCUGAUCGAUCCCAGUCCCCAUCACAUGUUUCUCCUGCUGAAGCAGCUGGCAUGAUUGUUCUGUUAAAGGAUAAGAGCAUCGAUGAGUUACGAAAGCUUUUAUCUGACAAGGAUGCAUACAACCAAUUGUUACUUUCACUUGAUCAAGUUAAAAUUCAAAACAAUCUGAGAGAUGAACUUCGGAAGGAAACUCUGCAACUUGCCAGAGAGAACUUGGAGAAGGAACCACAGAUAGUGGAACUGAGAAAUCAGUGCAGAAUAAUCCGGACAACAGAGUUAGCUGCUGCACAGGAGAAAUUAAAUGAACUGGAGAGACAGAAAGAAGAGAUCUUAAAGUUCUACUCCCCUGCAUGCUUGCUCCACAGGCUUCAAGAAACUAUGAACAAAACAGAGGAGGAAUCUGAAACUCUGCAUAGGCAGCUUCUUGAUAGAGAGAUGGAUCUUGGGGCUUUUGUUCAGAAAUACAAGAGGCUCCGAACUACUUAUCACAGGCGAGCGCUCACGCAUCUGGCAGCCAAGACAUCUUCAACCGGAUGAUAGCUCAGCUCUGCUUAAUAAGAUGUAUACUGUGAAGGAUUGCUUCUUUAUUCCAUAGGUCUCAAAACAGUAUAAUUUGUUGAAAUUACAACUUUCAUGUGUAUUGUUUGUCUUGUCUUAUCGUGCCUUGUAUUCUGGUUUUGAUAAUUUUUUCAGCUUUUCUCCAAAAUAUGCUAUAUGUGCAAUUUGCCCCUCGACAUGAAUAACGCAACACAUUUAAAGCUGGAGCCAAA